GUUUUGUUUACACGGUUUCCAUGGUGAAAGAAACUCUGAAUCGCCUCGUCAUUCUGAAACGCUGCUUCUUGAUUGCUCUCUAAUAAUGAGUGCCCUCGAGAUUGAUAAGGAGGAAUAUUCUACUCUCCUGAACAAGAGUCUGCGGGAGCUGUUGGAUGCACUGGGCAAAGCCCACAGGGCCGACAUCCUGGCUUACAGUUCAGGGCACUUAAAUCACAACAAACUCCAGAAACUAUUGGUGAGGAAGUCCAACAUGCCAAAAUGGGAAAGUUCACAGCAGAAGGAAAGCGGUCCUCUACAGAAACGGAUCUCCAAGGCCAUAGUGAAGAAAAUGACAGAUGCCUGGGCUGACUUCACCAUAAACACCAGUUUGAUUACGGAUCACCCCAGUGCUGAAUCCUCAUUGUUUAGAUACACAUAUCCCCAAGAGUCUGUGAAAUCACCCAUUACACCAAUUGGAAAGGACAGGAAAGACAACUCCAGCAGGAGGAGGCACAGAGAGUCACUCAAAGAGGUAGAACCCACUGAUUUAUUGCUGUUAAAACCACAACCAGUCAGAUAUGACAAGCAUAACACAGUGUGCACCCCGGACCAGUAUCGAGUCACACAAUCCUAUAUCAGUGGCCUGACGAGAAAGGACCAGUUCAACAUGCUGCUGGACUUUGAAAGGGGAAUUCUGAGGACGCAGGACAUGCAAGACAUGGAUUCCAAGUCAGGGUACCAUGUUGUUAAGAGGCACGAAGAGAAAUUGGUUCAGGAGCUGAUGAAGAUUUCGUCUGCCAGCUGGCCAAGCUUCACCUGUCUGCAGGUCUUCAGGGACAUUUUCAAUGACAUUUGCAACGAAUCUCGUGUUUUUGGUGGCAUCUUAACGCAAAUUAAGACAGAGUAUGAGCUGUACCUUGAGUCAAUCCUGGACAACCAGUCUGCAGUUCAACACGAGUCAUUGCAGACUCAAUUGCGAGGCAUGGAGAAGAAAGCUGUCAUAACACAGGAAGUGGAAGGUGCCAGACAGGAAGUCCUAAGACAGCAGGAGAUUGCUCGGAAAGCUUUGGAGGAAAAUGAACAACUGAGGAAUAUGUUGCAGUUUGAACUGUCAAAGCCUGGAACCCUUGAAGAAGAAGGCAAGCAAAAUCACAUGUGCUGUAUUUUUAAUACUACUAAUAAUUAUUAUAAUAACCCUAUAAUCACUCAUACAAUAAAAUACAAGGAUUUUGAGACUCCCAAACUCUCAUCAUGUUGCCCUGAAAGAAGUAACUUGUGUUCAGAAGUAUGCAAGAAGCACAUGACAGCACUGGGUACAAGGGAAGAACACAUGGCUACCAAUGCAGAGCUGGUCCAGUCAAAGAGACGCAGAAUCCUAGCUGUGUGGGAUGAAAUUCAAGAACUGGAGAAAGACAUCAAAUACACCAUGAUUCCAAUUGUUAUUACCAGCACAACGGAGAAGUGCAUCAGAGACUCCAAGGCUGAGGUGACCAAGAUACAAACAUUCACAGAGUCUAUCCAGCAAGCAACAAAGGAUCUAGAAAAUGGUAUUAGUAGGCUACUCAACAGAAAGGAUGUUAGCAAGGAGAUCCAGGACCGUCUUUGUGACAGUCCCCCACCCCCCCAGACUAAACACAGAGUGGGGUGUCUGAGACGACGAGAAGACUAGAGAUGGGGUGACUGCAACGGCUCAUGGAUGUAAACCGAGAUCUUCCGGGCGCCACAGAUGGAGUUUCCUGCAAUAUUUAAUUUACACUUUCUUUGUUUUUGUGCACAUGAGCACACCCCUCCCUCAGCCCAGUUGUGCUUAAUUGAAAAAAAAAAAAUAAAAACCAGCACUGGUUUUUUCUUACAAAACUCUUUGAACUUUCUGUGCA